AUGAGAGGACAUCAAAAGAGUUCACCAAAUCUUAGAUUUCUACAGCCAUAAUUAACUGCUCGUUAACCUAAGAGAACUGAUUCCAUUAAUUUACGAUAUGAUAUACUAAAAACUUAAAGAAACAAUCAAACAGAGAAUUCAAUGUCUAUUGAUAAAAUAUAUUAAGUUACUCCUAGUAGAGUACUCACUUUAAAGAAUGUAUCUCGAGUUAUUAAAUAAAAUUUCAUUCAAAAAACAGAACCUAAUGAUACUUUUGAAAAACAAAACAUUCCUGAUAAUCAAAGAAUAUUAAGCAGAAAACAAACAGCUCCAAAAUUAAUAUAUAGACCAAUUACUAAAUAAAAUAGUGAUGCAUUUUCUAUUAAAGACUCUCCAAGAAUAAUUCAAAAUACAAGCAUUCAUGAUACUAAUUAAAUUUAUUAUAUUUCUGAUGUUGUCACUGCUUUUGAAAGUAAAGAGAACUAUUUUAACAGACUUUUCAAAGAUCAUUUUUAAUCAAGCUUUAUGGCAUUUAAAUAAUGUAUUAAUUCUAAGAUAAUUUACAAACCAAAACCAGUGAUAAUCCCUAAGGAUCCUAAAGGUAAUUCUUAAUAUUUUAAAUUAGAUAAUAAAAAGUAUACAGUGUUACUUGAUUUGGAUGAAACUUUGGUACAUUGUUCUUUAGAUUUGAAAUUGCCUUGUGAUAAAAAGCUUAUCAUCAAACUUUCUUAAGAUGAAACAUUUUAAGUAGGCGUUUCUGUUCGACCUGGUUUAUAAAUUAUGCUCGAAUUAUUAGAACCUAAUUUUGAAAUUAUUGUAUUUACUGCCUCACAUGGAUAAUAUGCAAAACGAGUAAAACUUAUUCUAUUAUAUAGAUUGUCGAAUAUAUUGAUCCAAAAAAAAUCAUAUCUCGAGUCUUAUCAAGAGAACAUUGUUGUUUUUCUGAUCAAGGCUAAUAUGUUAAGGAUUUAUCCAUUAUCAAGAAUCGUCCACUUUCUAAAACUGUUCUAGUUGAUAAUUCUGCUAUAAGUUACUAUUUCUAACUUGAUAAUGGUAUUCCAAUUAUUCCAUUUUAUGAUAAUAAACUAGAUAAGUAAUUACUUUUCUUAGCAAAAUAUCUUAAUGGAAUGGUUGGUAUGGAAGAUAUUCGAGAAUAUAAUUAGUAUUAAUUAGAUUAUUAUUUUUAGGAAAAAUUUAAAAACAUACUUGCUUGCUAAAUUAUAAACUUGGGAAUAAGUUCUGGAUAUGUAUAAAGCACAUCAUAAUUCUAGAAAAAAUUGA